CCUCUCUUUCCAUGCAAUUUCCCCAACGUCUUGCUCAAAAUGUCAACGGAUUGAAGCUUUUUGGCCCUUUGCAGGGUUUUCAGCUAGCUCUGCUGCUCCCGAUGCAAGAUCUCGUGCGAGAACGGAGGAAAAUGAUGGAUUCUAGAGAUCUCUAGUGUUUUGGCAAGUUUCAUGUUGGGAUAAUCGAGAAAAUCUGAGCUCUUGGAGGUUUCCUUGUGAGAUAUGCUGAACAGCAGCGGCAUUGCUAGAAAAUCGAAGCUUUGUAUGAGAUUCUAGGGUUUCUGUUGAAAGUCCUAAUUCAGGUUGGCAUUCCUGCCUUAUCUGCCAUAAAAGCUCAAAGCUUCAAUGCGUCUGCUGUCCAAACUCAGUUUGCCAGCAUGUACAAGAGCCGCUGUGGUUGUGCAUGUCAAAAGGAAAAAAGGCUUCUGCACUAACUGCUUAAGACUUGCUCUACUGAUAGAAGAAAACCUGGAUGUCGAUUCCAAUGGGGGUAAAGUGGAUUUUAAUGACACAGAGACGUGUGAAUUUUUGUUUAAGGAAUACUGGGAUUUGAUAAAGCAGCAUGAAGGCUUAUCAGUGCAAGAUCUUCAUGCUGCAGAUGCCCUAAUGAAGAAGGGCGAGAACUAUGAGGAACUCCCUGAAGAUGAAAGGGAUUUAAUCUUUGAUGUUGGUGAAAUGGACCAAAAAAGUGAUGAUGAGUUUCCAUUAAUUGGAAAAUACACAGAAUAAGAUGUUUGGAAUUCCUUUUGAUACGCUUUGAUUGGAAUUCCUUUCUGUUCUUGGAUUUGCAGCUCGUGAUUUCCGUUUUAUCCUCUCAGGCAUAAA